AUGGAUGCCAUUUUUGGCCACAAUGUUGCUGAAGAAAUCAGAACCCGCAAGCUCAUGGUCCCUGAGCUAAAACAAAAAGAAACGCGGUUCCACCCAGAACUGCCUGAUGUUGAGGAGCACCGGCAAUUCUUGACGCUGGUGGAGGAUGCUGAGGAGGAGGAAAACUGUGAGGAGAUUGACCGACUCUUCAAAGCAGUGGACAAAGAUCAGGAUGAUGAAAGCGAUUCUGACAGCAGCAGUGCCCCCAAGAAAAAGAAACGCAAGGAAUCGAAAGAAGAGAAGUCUCAUGAUGCUGAACCAGAAGAAGACAAGCCAGCCAAGAGCCCCGAGAAGAAGGCGAGCAAAAAGGACAAGAACAAUAAGAAAGAGAAGAAGGAAAAGAAGAACAAACGUGAGGAGAAUGCAAAGCCUGAGACUGAAGAAGAGAAGCAGGAGCGAGAGAAAAAGGAGGCUGCAGCGAAGUUGCAGAAGGAAGCCAAAAAGGCUGUCUCUGAUGCCAGCUCGAAGAUCAAAUGGGCAAUUGGCUUGGAACCGAACAUCGCACACUUGUACAGCCCUAAGAGUGAGAAGUUUGCAGCAUCGGUGAAAGCUGAUGUGGACGAAAAGAAACACGCUACUGAGGUGCUAUCUGAGCAAAUCAGAGACUUGGAUGCUUCUCGCAAAGAGCUUGAAAUUGCCUGUGAGCCUUUGAAAAAAAAAGGUGAAACUGAUGCUGGUCCUUUUGAGAGGGAUGUCACAGAGAAGCUGGCAUCUGGUGAUCCUAGGAGGGGCAUCAGCCGCUACUUUGGACUGUCAGAGCAGGCCUCGCGUUUCUUGACUCAAUCUGAAGCUGAUGACAUCGAGAGGGCUGGAAAGGCAUACUUGCUGGCUUAUCGUCAACUCAACCAUAUGAGCAUCAGGUCCAGGAAACUCGCAUGGGUACUUGUACCCAAGUGGCAUGUGAUGUCACAUGUGCUGAAGCAUGACGUGCAAGCCCGACGAUGCAACCCACGCUUUUACCACACUUUCUGUGAUGAAGAUGGCAUGAUGGUCUUGAAGAAAUGGGCUAGAAGGGCUGAUCCCAAACACCGUGAAAAUGGUAUUAUGCGGAUUGCCAGGCUUAGGAUGAAGACUUUGUCUUGGCGAUUGAGACAUGUGAACCAAAAACGCAAGAGAUAA